AUGUUUAGGGAUAUAUUUCGAUUAGCAAAGAUUGCUCAUCAUAGUUGUAAUCAACAAAAGCGCUGUUUCUUAAAAAUUGUUAGCCAAGUUCAUCUAAAACCAGGUCUAUGCUCAUCAAUACCCAUAAUACAUGAUGUUCAAAAAGUUGACAUGCGUGAAGCUGUUAAAAGUGUCUAUAAAACUUGUUGUGAUGUUAGUAAUUAUCGUUCAGCCAUACAUUCUGUUGGAACAUCAUCACUUCGUUCUAUUGUCAGACAAUUUGAGUAUGAUCAGAUUAUUGAUGAUCGAAAUCGACUAAAUAAAGAAUGGUUAUUAGUCAUUGGUGAUUCUAUUGAACAUUGUGGCAUACAAACCACAAAAGCUGAAAUACAAUCAUUUGGACUGUUAGAUGCAUCUGUGACGAGAACAUUAGAAAAACAAAUAGAUGCUGAACGUGAUCAUCGACAACAAGAAUUAAAUACACAAAGAAGGAAAAAUAAUUGCAGCGAAGAAUUUAGCUGA